AUGAGUGGAACAGCGGGUAAUAUAAUCUACACCCAAAUUGUAAAGAAUUAUAAGACACUCCAGGAGAAGAAGGAUGGUAGGAGUAAAGGCAAGAAGAAAGUCGAUGAGAAAAAGAAGGCAGUGAUUUGGGUGAAGCGCAAUAGAAUGGCUGAGAUGAUUGUAGAUAUUGAAUCAAGGAAAGCUGAAUUGAUUGCAAUAAUUGCGAGGAAGACAUCCGAGUUGAAGGAGCUCACUACUAAAUUACGAGAAUUAGAAGAGCGUGGUGCUAGAGGCAUAAAUAAGAACAAGGUGAAAGAGGAUAAGGAAAAUGUAAAUGAAGAGAAUAAAAGCAAAGAGGAUACAAAAACUAAUGAUUAUGAGAAUGUGGAAGACAAAGAGGUAGAGGAUAAUGAAAACAAUUUCGAGGAAAAUUUUAAAGAAGAAAAUGAGGAAGCCGAUAAUGAUGAUGAAUUUGUGAUGAGCCCAUGA